AAAAAAAAAAGAAAAAAAAACAUGAGAUAAAAAAAGAAAAUGAGUUAAAAAAUUAGUGUUUUCUUCUUCUCGAUCUCGUCUCUCUCUCGUCUCUCUCAUCUCUGAAAGUCGAAAUCUGAAAUACCAUAGAUCCCAAUUAGCUUGAUUCUUCCACUAUCGAUCCCGCUCAGUCUAUUCCCUCUCAUAUCGAUCGCCUAAUUUGAUACAUAAGUUGGAUUUGCGGAUCUGUAGUUGCGGCUCUGUAGCUGUUCAGUACAAAAACUACAAGGUAUUUACAGCUUUGUAGCUGUUCCAGUAAAGAUGAGUUGUGUUGUUGUAAUGAUUCUGAUAAUCCAUGUCGUUUUUUUGUUUGCAGAUUCUUGAUUCAUAAUCUUCAAACUUCUUGUCCGUGCCUACCUUGUUCUUUGACUUGUGUAAGAUAUUAUUUCUUUACCUGUUUGUUAUACACUUUGUGUCUGAUGUGAGUGUCUGAUCAUUAAAGUUAUUAUGAUAAUGUAUGUAUAAAUUGGUGGUGGAGAUUGGGUCGUAUUGGUCUAAUAUGGACAAGGCAUGGGCUUGGCUUCCAAGGUAUGCAUCUCUCAGUUAUUAUCAUAGGUUGUUUCAUUUAUAGUGAUUCUGAACUUUGAUUUUUUUCUUAAAUUAUUAUAUUAGGAAUAGCCUUGAGUAUGAGACUGGAGCAAAGAAUUUUGUGUAUGGAGCAUAAAGUAUUAUGGGUAAUCUUGCAGAGAUUCUCUGUCCAUGUGUCGAUUGUCGGAAUGUUUGCCAUCAGCUACUAGAUACUGUAGUGGAUCAUCUUGUGAUGAGAGGUAUGGAUUUGAAGUACAGGAGGAAUCCAUGUUGGUUUAAUCAUGGGGACAGGAGAGAGAGAACAUCUGCAGAUGUUCUAACUUCAGAGGAAGAGGCUUAUGACUUGAUAAGGACAGCAUAUUUUGAGUCUGAAGUUGGUGAUGAACUUCCAUCUGAGGCGUAUACUACAGAAGAAGCAGAGUUUAGGGAAAAGUUAGAGGAUGCUGAAACUGCACUAUACUCAACGUGUCACAAGUAUAACAAGGUUUCUGCAAUAACGGUUCUUUACAACAUCAAAGUGAAGAGUGGGAUGUCAGAGAACUUCUUUGAUCAGCUAUUGACGACAAUUAAAGACAUGUUGCCAGAAGAUAAUGUGCUUCCAAAGUCCACUGCUGAGAUGAAAAAGUUCUUGAAGGUUUUUGGGUUUGGUUACGAUGUCAUACACGCAUGCAAGAACGACUGUAUACUGUAUCGGAAACAGUAUGCUCAGAUGGAAAGCUGCCCUAGAUGUACUGCAUCAAGAUGGGAAAUGGAUAAACACAGUGGUGAGGAAAAGAAAGGCAUUCCUGCAAAGGUCCUUCGGUAUUUUCCUAUCAAAGACAGAUUGAAGAGGAUGUUUAGAUCAAAAAGAAAGGCUGAGGAUUUGCCUUGGCAUUCCAACAAUGGUAGUGAAGAUGGUGUAAUGCGACAUCCGGUGGACUCUAUUACCUGGUCACGUGUGAAUAAUAAGUACAAACAUAACUUGGAUGAAGACAUUUCAACAAGUACAAACAUAACUUCUGGUUCCAAGGUAAUCUUCAUAGUUUAUUUACUUUCUUAUUGUUAA